AUGCCCUGGAAACCGCCUGCAGGCCAAGAGUGGUACUACUCGAUCCCCUCGCCGUGGGCGCAGCACUCGCUCGUCUCGCAGCUUCUGCACCGACCUCCUGCCGGCGACCGCACCUGGGGGAGGAAGGACAUUCCGAGAUCCCCGGAAGAGCAGCAGAUUCGCGACGCGCACGGGCACAGAGAUGGACAGGUGUACUUGAAUGAGGCGCGGUCAGACUGGGUGACGUACCAAGUCUGGGAGGCGACGAAGGGCGCUCUGAGUCGAGAUGCGGACCUUGUCUUUGUCCACGGAAUCAACGACUAUGGCGGCAAGUUUUCGAACCACGCCAAGAAGUUUCUCGACGCCGGCUACCGCGUAAUCGUUCCCGACCUGCCCGCGCAUGGUCGUUCGACAGGCAUUCACGUCCAUUGCCCCAACAUGGAGGUGCUUGCCGAUGCUGUCUAUGAAGUCAUCAAGGAUGUCAUGCUCGAGGACUCGAAGCUCGUCCAAGAAGCAGGCGGUUCCGUCACGCAGCAGCGCAAGGUCUUCGUCGCCGGCCAAAGUCUCGGCGGGUUCACCGCGACCUUGACCUGUCUGAAAUACGGCGCUCCUCUCGAUACUUCUCUUCCCUCCGCCUCCUCCACCUCCUUCCGACCAACCGUCUCGGGCGGCGUCAUCCUCUGCCCCAUGCUCCAGAUCGCGCCCGACUCUCGACCAUCCUAUGCGGUCGAGCUUGCUGCGCGUGCGCUCGCAAGCGUCGCAGGACCUCUCCCUUUCGCUAAUGCGAACAAGGGGCGCAAUUCCGAGGACCCUGAGGUUGAGGAGCAGUUCGAAAUGGACCCGCAGACUUACGGCGGCAAGCUCCGCAUCGCGACUGGCCUCGCCAUCCUCGAAGGCAUCCUCGACAUCGACAAGAAGCUCCCGCACCUCCGCGUUCCGUUCCUCCUUUGCCACGGUACCGGUGACCGCGUGACGUCCUACAAGGGCUCGCAGAAGCUGUACGAGGAGGCCGAGUCGAAGGACAAGGAGAUCAAGCUGUACGAUGGCUACGAGCACAUCCUGCUGCGGAAGGGUCGCGACGAAGCGGACGACGUGCGACGCCAGACGGUUCUCAACGACAUGCUCGACUGGCUGAAUCGGCACUAG